AUAUCCAAAUUAAAAAGAAAAAAGAAAAUGAAAACAUUGGUUUUGCCGUCAAAAAUAGAAGAACCUUAUAAUGGUUCACUUUCUUUUCGUUGAAUCGCCUUGCUUUUUGUAAUUGUCACUACAUAGGGCAUUAAGCUUAUAAAACACUCUUAGAAAGAGAAACUCGUGUAAAUAAACACUUUAUAUUUUUCGUUCUUGUUUCAUCCGGUAGUAAUAUUUCUCCGUGAUCAAAUUGUUUCAAACCAAAAGUAAAAAAGAAAAAAGAAAAAUGGCCGCAGCUGCUACACCUCCUCCUGUUGCUGCUGAUGCUUCCUCUUCUUCUUCUCCUUUGACUUUGGCUUCUUCGGCAUGUGAAUCGGAGGAAGUAGCAGUGAACGAAGGACAGAAUCAGGAACAACAAAAGCAAGACGGAAUUAAAGAGUGCUUGCACAAGACUAAGCCAAUCCAGUUCUUAGGUCGUACUACGCCUAUUAUUCUCCAAAACGACAAUGGACCUUGCCCUCUCCUUGCCAUCUGUAAUAUUCUCCUUUUAAGGAACAAUUUGAGCCUGAGUGCUGAUAUAGCUGAAGUUUCACAGGAGAAAUUGCUCUCACUGGUAGCUGAGCGCCUGAUUGAUUCUAACAGUAAUGUCAAUAAUAAAGAUGCAGGGUAUGUAGAAAACCAACAGCAGAAUAUUGCAGAUGCUAUUGAUUUACUUCCGCGCCUUGCUACAGGGAUUGAUGUGAAUAUUAAAUUCAGGAGAAUUGAUGAUUUUGAGUUCACUCCAGAGUGUGCCAUAUUUGAUCUGCUUGAUAUUCCCCUUUAUCAUGGCUGGAUAGUUGAUCCCCAGGACUAUGAAACUGCUAGUGCCAUUGGGUCAAAAUCCUAUAAUGCUAUUAUGGGGGAGCUUGUCGCAUUGGAAACUCGAAAUAUGGAGAUUUCACCCAAAAACAACUCUGAAGAUUGUGUGGAUUUUGCUGCUGCAACAACUGCCACUCUAGGUGUUCCCUCUCCCUGCCUGUCAAAAACGAGAUCUUUUGAUGAUUCUCCUCAUUCUGUUUCUGACCAGCAAAGCUUAAGAAAAGGGGAUCUUGAGGAGGAAGCAGAGCUAAUGAAAGCCUUGAAAUUAUCAGAGGCUGAAUUGCCAACCUCAAAUGGUGAUCCUGGCAGUUUAGAUAUAAGAUCGUGUUCAAACAACCCUGUUUCUGUAGAUUCUGUAGAUAAACAAGAGGGGGACAGAAGUGCCGAACAUCAGAACUUGCACCAGCAUGAACCAUCCUUUUCAGAUAAUUGCAUUUCCUUGAGCAAUAAUAGUGUUGGUAAGACGUGUUUUCAGACCGUGUCAAAAGAAGAGUUGCUAAAGACUGAUGAUAUUAAUCAGGAUCAGUCAUUUUAUGUUAAAUCUGGGGAUAUUACCCUUUCUAAUGAUGUGGUCGAGGAGAAUAAUGUUGAAACAAUGGUUGUUAAGGGGAGUAGUGCUGAUGAAUUGCUCCAGAUUGAAAAUGCAGUUACUAUUUCUCUUGCAAAAAAUACUGCUUCUGCAGAUGGAAAAAAUACUGAAAUUUCACAAGGGGGUGGAAAUAUUGAGAUACAAUCCACAUCUGCAACUGAUGCUCUUGACAUUCCAGAUAAUGUGAAUGGUUGUGACACGACUGAAGAAUCAUCUGUGUCUUUACAGAAUGCUGGUUCAGAUUCAUCUAGUGGCAGAAUACAUCAUUUAGAUGUGCCUGAAGUGUUCACUUCUAGUCUUGAUGGAAGUGAACCUAUAUAUGAAGGUGAAGACUGCAUAUUAGAUUCAAUAACAACAACAUAUCAAGACCGGGAGCCUAUAUAUGAAGGUGAGGUAAUUCUUGCAAAACAAGCUGGCAAAACAGCUGUGGAGGACUCCAAUAUGAGGUCUAAAGAUGAAAUCAAUCUGCAGCAAGGGGAGUUGAUUGGAAACUUCUUGAAGAACAAUGCCAGUCAGUUGACCUUUUAUGGGCUUUUUUGCUUACAAGAUGGUCUUAAAGAACGAGAGCUUUGUGUUUUCUUUCGUAAUAAUCAUUUCAGCACCAUGUUUAAGUAUGACGGUGAACUUUAUCUUUUAGCUACUGACCAAGGCUAUCUAAAUCAGCCUGAUUUGGUGUGGGAGAAACUAAAUGAGGUCAAUGGAGACACACUAUUUAUGACUGGCAACUUCAAAGAAUUCAAGGUGGAUAGUCAUACCAAUGGUGCUUGGGAUCAACAAAAUGCUAUGGCUAGUACGGCUGACUAUAUUGCCAGCAUUGAUAAUGCAGCACAAGGUGGAUUGGAUAUAACCUCAGAUUUACAGCUCGCAAUAGCUUUACAACAACAGGAGUUUGAACAACAGCCACAGCGUCAAAAUGUGCAGCAACCUCCGGUUGUUGGUGGUUCAAGAUUAGUAACAGGUCCCCAGGUGCCAAGAAACAGCGGAAGGAACCCGUCAUCUUCAAUGCCAAGGCAAGAUGCAAAAUCAAAAGAAAAGUGUAUUGUGAUGUGAGGUUGGUUGGUUUUUAAAGCAUCAUUCAGGAAGAGUCUUGGAACUGUAAAUGAUUUGUGUCUUGUGGUUCAAUUGGUAUUUCAACACUACUAAUAAAACCCUUGAUUAACCGCAUACAUACUGUGAUUUUAGUAUGAGGGAAGUAAUUUACUGUAAAAAGGGGGGAAGUACGGGGGGGCAAAAUUAUAUCAUCAGUCCACGGCUGCAUCAUCUAUAGAUGAUUGAUAAAUCAAAUGGAAGUUGGGUGGUCCCAAUUAUAAGGCAGGCAGGUUGAGCAUGGUUAUUGGUAUUUAUGUGAUUGGAAUAGGUGUGUGUGGAAACAGGAGAAGCCAUGGGGAACAAUAAAUUGAGAUGAGGGAUUUGGGACAGGAUGGGGGAGUGAUGGUGAUGUAGCGUAAAACAAUUUGACAGACAGCAUUAGGGAUUUAAGUUUUGAAAGAAAAGAGUGGGAUGGAUGGGAUGAUGAUUAUAUAUAAAUGCAGGUGUAGGGUGGUUUGAUCUCUUUCUCUCUCUGUGCCUCUGGUCAAAACUCGAUUUUCAUCUUCCAACUGGUCAAACAUAAAUUGGCUUGUUGUAGUGUCAGGGUCGACCAUUGGUUUUGGGCCUUAUCUUCUUAAAAUUGACUUAUCACUGGACGCCAUGAGCGACCACAAUAUAUACAUAUCAUAAGAGACUGUUCAAUUUAAA